UUUGGUUCCUACACGUCAGGCAGAAGAGCGACCGAGGAGCCUCAUGUUGUGACAAUUAUACUGCUCUUAUUUGCACAUGAAUGAAAAUAUGUCAGGAAAGAAACAAAAAACCAGUAAAAGUCGCAGAGAGACAGCAGUACAAGGGACAAAUGAUAACAGCAUUGUCAGUAAGUGUUCCAUGGCAUCAGUUGGAUACUUUUUAGAUUCAUACCUUCAGCAUUUUGUUGGGAAGACAUCUAAGAGAGCUCCAAUAAUAAACAGGGGUUAUUAUAUCAGAGCAAAAUGUAUUGAUCGAGCUUUGAGACAGUUCUUAUCACAGAAUCAAGGAUGUAAAAAACAGAUCUUAUCUUUAGGAGCUGGUUUUGAUUCUUCCUUCUUCAGGCUGAAAUCAGAAGGACUCCUACAGGACUGUGUUUUUUAUGAGGUUGAUUUUCCUGAAUUGGUGAGAAACAAACACAUACUUAUCCAGAACCAUGAAGAACUGUCCUGCCUACUUGAUAUUGCAGAGGAAAAAAACAAAGAAUCACCUCAUAUCGAAUUGCUUAGUUCCCAUUACUGUUUGAUUGGUGUUGAUCUGACUCUGGUAAAUACUUUGGAAGCGGCACUGCGGCUGUGUGGUAUAGAUUUUGAUGCGAAAACUCUACUUUUAUCAGAGUGUGUCAUGACCUACAUGACACGUCGCUGCUCUUCAGAGCUUGUCAGAUGGGCAGGAGAAACAUUCCAAGAUGGUUUAUUUGUUAUGUUUGAACAGAUGAACCCCUAUGAUGCCUUUGGAAUUUUUAUGCAAAAUCACUUCCAUACAAUUGGGUCACCUCUGAAAUGUAUUACAUCUUUUCCCACUAUGGACAGUCAGGUCAAAAGAUUUCAGCUACUUGGAUGGGAGUCCUGUGAGAUUCAUGAUCUAAAUAAAAUAUUCUUCUGCAUGCUUUCGGAAACUGAGAGAGCAAGAAUAGAGAAGCUGGACCCAUUUGACGAGUAUGAAGAGUUCAAUCUUAUGUGUGCACAUUACUUUCUGCUUGUUGCUUCAAAGUGCACAAAAACCCACUCCCUCAUACUUGACUCAUCACUUUCUGUCCCAAAGUGUCUUUCACCCCAAGCAGAUUCUAUGGCAGGCUUAGUUGUCUCCUUACUUGCUCCUGGUCUGUCAGUCAUCAAAAGAUUUAGCCACGCAAGUGUGCUAAUACAGGGCCACUUUGUAGUCACAGCCGGUGGCUUUGGGGAAGGUGAUGGGCGACAUCAGCGGCUUCAAGAUGUUGCAAUUACAGACAUUGUUAAUAUGGAAUCCACUUUAGUCAGAUGCCGCAGUGAAAGUAUACAGUAUUCUAGAAUGCAUCAUUCAUCUGUGGUCCUUUCUGAUGGUCGAGUUUUGCUAUAUGGUGGUCGUCAGUCUCCAUUUUUCCUUUGCUCCCAGCUGCUUAUUCUGGAUGUUUGUUUUAAUAUUUUGCAAGAUGAUUUGUCACGACACACAAAUGAAUCUGGGCAAUGCAUCCCAGACAGUUUGAAAAGUGACAAAACGACUAUAGUUACAUCUGUAUCUCCAUGUUCCUUGGAGCCUAGUCAUUGUGUGAAAGACCAUUCAUCAGGAAGGAAUAGACAGUUUUGUGAACAGUUAGACACAAAUACAGGGCAUUUUAGGGUUGAUGUUCACAGUGUGAAUACUGAUCAAUAUACAGAAAGGGAUACAGCACAAAGUUUGAGCAAGGGCGAUUUGAUAGAGAAAAACAGUCUUGACUUCUUAAUGGAAAAAGAGGAAUGGACUGAGUUCAGUGGCGGUCGUUUGUACUGUGGUGUUCUCAGGCAGUCUGGUGAUAUUCCUUGUCCAAGGUGGCGACAUGCUUCAACUCUGGUGCAAAUUGAAGGUCAGGAUUUUAUGCUUAUGCAUGGGGGCCGCACACAGCAAGCCAGAGUCCUAGGGGAUACAUAUCUUCUAAAUGUCCGCACUGGACAUUGGACACAGGUGCUCUGUCACGGCAAUGUACCUGGUCCUCGCCACUCUCAUGCAAUGGUCACUUGGGUGAAAGAGGGAUCACAGCAAGUGGUUUUGAUGGGAGGACUAGAUGAGGACCAACAGCCCUUGUCUUUGAUUCACAUACUGGACCUAAACACUCAUACCUGGUACAUUUUUCCUACUACAGGCCCAGUUUUGCCCAGGUACUCUCAUACAGUCCACAUUGUUGAAAAUAAACUUGUUAUGGUCGGUGGUAUCAAUGCCUUACAGCAGACGCCUGGUAUUGGCAUUGUAAACCUGAAAAGUGGGGAAGUUCAAGAAUUUAGCUUUCCACCACCACAACCAGAUAACUUGCUGAUGUACCACCGUCACUGCAGUGUUCUGCUACCAAAUGGGACAAUAUUGGUGAUUGGAGGAGGAGGCAACUGUUUUUCUUUUGGCACACAUUUGAAUUGCACACCUGUCACUGUUGAUAUCUCCAGAUGCAUUCAGGCAGUGGCUUGAAACAUUUAAGCAGCACAGUUAAUUUUAUUUUAUACCAUUUUGUGUGUCUUCUAAAUGUGAGAAACAAGGGAUUACCUGUGUUUUAGGUUUACUCAUAAUUAACUUUAUCUUAACUGCCUUUUCAAUAGUGUGUUUCAGCUGGUAAAGUAGACAUAGUUCUUAUUUCCUGACAAUAAAGGGGGAAAAUAUUUGUUUAAACCAUG